AUGUGCCUGUCAGACUUUGUCUAUAUAGGAUUGUGCCGUGAAGUAGGGAGUCCUACAGAAGUGAGGAUCAGAAGAGAAGUUAUGGACACUGAGGAGGUGUUGAAAAGACCUGUGAACAUCUUGAGGGGAUUUGAUAGAAUGACGAGUGGGAGUAAACGUGAGGGAUUCAGACUAAUUACUUCAGAUGAAGAUUCGAUGUUUUGGCCUGCCGACCAUAAGAUUAUAUGUGAUCUCUCACAGAUCAAUCUCUACCAUAUCCCACAACACACCGUAAUCCUGAUGGAGUGUGAUGAUGGUAUGCCACCAGGAUUUACCAGACUUAAUUUGAUGAGUCCAUCAAACAAUUCAAAAAUAUUUUUCUCCUGUGUAGUAAUAAAUGCCACUGUAUAUAUUUCAAGUACAUUGUUCAGAGAUAACCAUUUGCAAUUGUUUAAGACCAUCAAUGUCUCUGAUACUUCUGUUUUCCCUCAUGGACCUUGUUCUACAGAUUUAUUCCAAGAUCUAGGCAUUGACACAGUGUUCUGUUUCCAGUCAUUUCACUGGCCUACGUCAGCACUACCCUGGAUACAAAGAUGUUGUAAACAGGGAUGGCCAGAUCAGAAUGUUGUCUCAGAUAUGAUAAGAGGAGGAUUCCAUGUUGUUCCUUUCAGAAGCACACCUGAAAAUGAACUAGAAUGGAGGAUCUCAUUCUCUCGAGCUGAACAAAAACUUGUUUCUUCAAUGAAUCACUGCCAGUUUUUAUGUUAUGGUCUCUUCAAUUUUUUCCUUAACGAAGUUAUAAAAAGUCAGCCAAAUGCAUCAAUUCUCUGCUCAUACUUCAUAAAAACAAUAGUAUUUUGGGUCGUACAAACCAAUACUUCUUUGAGUUGGACACCGGAAAACAUAUUGAGUUGUUUCUGGGUAUGCUUGAAAUUAUUGAUAUACAUGGUACACACUGGAUAUUGUCCGAACUUUUUUAUUCCACAAGACAACAUGUUUAGAGUAAAAGUCACUGGUUCUGCACAAACCUCGUUGUUCAGUCAGUUGUAUGAUCUGUAUAGUAAGGGGAUGUCAUGUCUUCUUUUCAGUAAAACAAUCCGAUCUUUCCUCAGUAGGGUUAUGUUAAACAGAACAUUAAGAAUCUGUACAGAGGAAAGCAGUUUUAUAUCCAGCCAUGAAUUAGAUAUAAAAUUUUUCGGCGAAUUAUUAGAAAUUCAUAAAAGUAACAUAGAGAGUGUUGCGGAAUUUGAAGCUUACAUGAAACAAAUGCAAAACAUGAUUCGGAAAAGGCUUUCCAAGUAUCAGACAGUCUCUUUACAAUACAUCACAUCGGAUGUGUUACGGAACACUGCCAUGUACUUACAGAGUAGGAAAAAUCGAAGUCAAACUCGGAAUAGGGUUUUCUAUAGAGAUUAUAAAGGAUGUAAAUUGCUAAAACAGUCUUGUAAGUUUGGUUGUUUGUCUGACAUUCUGUAUCUUGCUAUGUACUACUACAAAAUAGGUAGAUAUGAAGACUCACUCAGUUGUUUACAUAAAGUACGGGGGGAAAUUCCAUUGCCGUAUAUCGUGUAUAGGGAUCAAGUUAAUUUAGAUGUGUACAAACACUACAUGGAAAGAUACACCCUGGGUACUAAGUUUAGAAGAGCUGUAGUGAGAGAUAUUGUGCUUUAUUCUGUAUAUACUUACAUUGAUGAACUAGUGUUAGAACAGGAUAUCAGUAAGAAGCAUUGUAGGCCUUUAUUAGUUAUCCCACCGCUAGUGAUGUCACACAUGUUGUUUAUUCUGAAUCAUCAGAGACUAGGUGACACUGUGACGUCACAACAAUCUCUACAGGAUCUACAGACUCUGCUUCUCUAUGAUAACGGGACUCAUGCAUCCCAUCGCUUCAGAGAUAUUUCGUGGCAAAUACUGGGAAUCUGUCAACAAAUCUGUGUAGACUAUUCGGGAUCUCUCCAGUCUUAUCAAUAUUCCCUACAACAAAUACCAUUCCACAAACUCCAGAAAGCAACAUUGUUAAGAAUACACAGUCUUCUAUCUGAUACGAUCUGA